UAUUUAUUUUUGGUAUUUUGUUUUCAAGGGAAAAAUCAAGUGGCUGUUGGUCUGGCCCCCAUUGACUUUGCCAAUAAAAGUUCUGAGAGCGCCUUGUCAGUCUACCCUAUUGCUAUAGGGAAUUGUAAAGAGAAUAGGGCAAAUCUAAAGCAAUUGAUUAGAAAUCUUAAUUGCCAGAAGAAUGUGAUAAAAAAACAUGGCAUUGUUGUGGAUGGAAAAAAGUACAACAUCUCUUUCACAGUGACUCUGGACUACAAGGCUUUGCUGCUUCUCCUAAACAAAAAAGACGAUGAGGAUUUCCUCCUUGGUGGCAAGGGCUAUGGAGUGCAGUGUUGUGCAUUUUGUGAUGCAAUAAGGGCUUGCACUUGCCAUGGAGUUGCUGUGGAUGAGACAUGCCUGGAUUGUUUAAGAUCAAAAGCUAACAUUGGAAGGGGUACAGGCCUUCGGGAUGAUCUCAAUUUUCUUCUGGAGGAAGACUUGAGCAGCAUAAAUCUUUGCUCUCUACAUUGUGAGAUACACUCUAGGGAGUAUUCAGAAAUAAAAGUGACUGAAACUAGUGUGACUGGACUAUAA